AAAGCCCAUUAAGUGAAUAUAAUGGGACGAGGCCUGGAAACAAGAAGGCCGCGCCCCACGUACGGUUUUAUGCUAGAUUUUUAUCUUCCAACACAAGAAUCAGCAGCCGACAACCCUCCGCGGUCCUCUCGUCGUCGUCUCAGGGAUUUAGAAGCUCUCUGAGAGGUUCAAAAUGAGUAAGCUUCAGAGCGAUGCGCUUAGAGAAGCUAUCUCUGGGAUCAAGAAUGACUCCAAUGAAAAGAAGAGAAAGUUUGUUGAAACCAUUGAGCUUCAAAUCGGGUUGAAGAACUACGAUCCCCAAAAGGACAAGCGUUUCAGCGGUUCCGUUAAGUUACCACACAUCCCUCGCCCUAAGAUGAAGGUCUGCAUGCUCGGUGAUGCUCAACACGUUGAAGAGGCUGAGAAGAUUGGGCUCGACUAUAUGGAUGUCGAAGGGCUGAAGAAGCUGAACAAGAACAAGAAGUUGGUUAAGAAGCUUGCUAAAAAGUACCACGCCUUUUUGGCUUCAGAAGCUGUGAUUAAGCAGAUCCCUCGUCUCCUUGGCCCUGGUUUGAAUAAGGCAGGCAAGUUCCCCACUCUUGUUACUCACCAGGAAUCCCUCGAGGCCAAAGUGAACGAGACGAAGGCCAUGGUCAAGUUCCAGUUGAAGAAGGUGCUAUGCAUGGGCGUUGCUGUCGGCAAUGUCAGCAUGGAAGAGAAGCAAAUCUUCCAGAACUUUCAGAUGAGCGUGAACUUCUUGGUCUCUUUGCUGAAGAAGAACUGGCAAAACGUCAAGUGUCUCCACUUGAAAAGCACCAUGGGGAAGCCGUACCGCGUCUUCUGAACUUGUUUUUGUUUAUUCUUAUCAUCUAGAGGUAGUUACUGGGGAGGGAGGUAAUAUUUGAAAGUUGUGUUCAUGAUGUUCUGUGCCUCCGCAAUUUUGGUCAGAAGUUUUUGGAUUUCGACGUGUAAGACUAUCUCUGCUCUUGUUGGAAAAGCCAAGUUUUGCCCUAUC